UGAAAAGCACAGUCAUGUCCCGGCGGGUAAUUGUUGCAUUGGUUGUGAGUGCUUUCCUAGCCGCACCAGCAAAGUCGACGGAUGAAGCGGCUGACUAUAGCAGUACUGAAGGAGCCGAGAUAAGUUUGGCGGAUGCUGAAAUUUACCGUUUUGACUAUUUCAUGAAUACAAGUGAGGAUAUAUGGGUUUAUAACACAACCGAAAGUCAACCCAAAGGCUGCAAGAAAGAUAAAAAGCACAACGAAACAACCGCGAGGAUAGUCUUUGUCCGAUCGCACCAGGAAGGAAAUGAUACAAAAAAUGCAACCCUCAUUGGAGAUUUCGUUAACUAUUUUGAGAACUACACAUAUUAUGAUGUAAUGGAUAUUUCUGGCGAUAAAAGUGGUGUAUAUGCAGAGCGUUUGUACUAUAUGAGCACAGACAGGAAUUGUGGCCUGGUGCAAGUAUUUGCUGCGGCUCGGUACAAGGAUGAUUAUAACGUGUGGAAUGAACUUCGAGUAAGAGGCCGCCCUGAAUACAGCAGUUUAGACAAGGAAUGCAGGAAUGAAUAUGAGGCUUAUGCGGAAGCAAUCACGAAGAAGCGGAAUUUGACCUCUCCAUACAGACGGGAUUGUAAAUGAGUGCCUUUAGAAUAAGCUGUUAAGUGAUUGUGUUGGCUACAUCACACUGCAUAACCUUGCGCAUGGCAGCUUUAAAUAAACCAUUUGUUUGUUCUUGUA